CCUACUUAUAAAAAUGGGGACACACGAAUGCAUAAAACCCAUCAAUAUAAUAAUUCUCUGCAGAUUUUCUGGGAUCAAAAACUCAACAAUUCUUCACCGUUUCUUGAACUUGGUUCUCAAAAAAGGUUUUCAUGGAGUCUCCUCAAUCUGUUGUGUCACCAUUCAAGACCUCAUCUUUAUUUCAAGAACCCAAAUCACAAAAUCUUGAUCUUUUCGCAACAAACCCGAAUUUCAUAACAAAGAAACUCGUACCCGAACCCGAAUUGUUUCUCGGUGUUCUUGAUGUUCACAUUCAUCAAGCUAGAGACAUUCAAAACAUCUGCAUAUACCAUAAACAAGACGUUUACGCCAAAAUUUGCAUCACUACCAACCCCGAUAAAUCGGUCACCACUCGAACCAUCAACGGGGGUGGACAAAAUCCGGUCUUUAACGAAACCCUUCAAGUUCAUGUCCCAACAAUCGAGUCUUCGCUUAAAUGCGAGAUAUAUAUGUUGAGCAGGGUGCGAAAUUAUCUUGAAGAUCAGUUGUUAGGGUUUACUGUAAUCCCUUUGUCCGAAAUCGUCAUGAAAAACGGGAAGUUAGAUAAAGAGUUCACUUUAUCCUCAACCGAUUUGUUCCACUCGCCUUCGGGCUUCGUUCACCUGUCGUUUUCGUACACCGGAUCCUCCCCUGACAUAAUGACCAUCUCACCGCCAUUGCAGACCGCAGCGGCUGAUUCAGAAUUAACCGAAUUCGACAAAAUCGAGUUCCCGGAUCCUAAAGUUGUGACGGAAAACCACAUGAUGGUGACAGAGUAUUUUGGUUUGAGCUCAGAAAGUUUAGUGUCAUCUGACACAGAUGAUCAGGUUGACCAAAUUGAUCAAAUUGAAGUACCCUUUAUGGAACCGGUUGAGACCCGAAAGCCCGAAUCCCCGCCUACAAGCGUCUCGACGAACGAAUCUCAAUGCGCGAAUCAAGAAUGUGAUUCGCCUGCAGAAGAGAAACCCGCGAGAACAGGUGAUCCCGAUGUUGAUUCGGUCAACCGGACUUCUAUAAAGCCGUUGACUUUGACCGCGGAUUUUGACCAGAAAGUUGUGCAGCAGGACUUUGUGGAUUUGUACAUGAAGAGUAUGCAACAGUUUACUGAGUCUUUGGCCAAGAUGAAGCUUCCAUUGGAUGUUGAAAAAGAGGGUAUGGAUUCUGGAAAUCCCGGGUCGGGUCAGAAGAUCCAGACGCCAAACGGGUCGCAGGGUCGGGUGUUUUAUGGGAGUCGGGCUUUCUUUUGAUGUGUUUGUUUGGGAUUCACAUGUGAAAAUUAGGGUUUAGAAUAAAAAAUACGGAUUAUAUUUAUGUUUUGUAAAAGUUUGGGAAAGGCAAAACUUUUAAAUACCUUGAGAGGGGGAGGUUGGGUUCAAGUCCCACUAGGAAUAAAGAAAUUUGCCGUUCAAAAAAAGGGUAUGUUUAUAACGUUAUUAUUUAAUGCACAAUGUACGAGGUCGUUUAUAACAUGUUUUGAACAUAUGUGUACUUUUCGAUUUUUGCGAAAUACAUGAAUGACAUUGUCGCGUUUUAAUGUA